GAGAGAGGGAGCGAGUGAGGGGGUGGGAGGUACUGGGAAGUGUUUGUAGGUAGUUCAGUUUUUCAUUCUGAGAGGCUAGGACUGGUUGCGGGAACACGGACUGUUUGAGUCAAAGCCGGCAGAGCAUGGUUGUGUAGGGAAGAGGGAAGGGGCUCGAUGAUGUCGUUCUUCGGGCUGAGCUGCGGGAAGAAGAAGGAGAGAGAGGAAGAGAGAUGGCUCAAAGCAAAUGACAGAGAGUUCAACCUUUCCUUCAAGUAUGCGACCAAUGCCAUAAAAACCUCCAAGUACAGCCUGUUUACCUUCGUGCCGCUCAACCUUUUUGAGCAGUUACAGAGGAUAGCCAAUGCAUACUUCCUGUUCCUGCUUGUCCUCCAGCUGAUUCCAGAAAUCUCAUCCCUCUCCUGGUUCACCACCGUCGUGCCUCUGGUCCUGGUGCUCUCUGUCACCGCAGCUAAAGACGCAACCGACGACAUUAACCGACACAAGAGUGACCGGCAUGUCAACAAUCGCAGAGUGGAAGUCCUCGUCAACGGAGAAUUGCGGAGUGAAAAAUGGAUGGACAUUCAAGUCGGUGAUAUAAUCAAGUUGGAAAACAACCAGUUUGUGACGGCGGAUCUGCUCCUGCUGUCUAGUAGUGAGCCUCUAAACCUGGUCUAUAUCGAGACUGCAGAGUUGGACGGAGAGACCAAUCUGAAGGUGAAGCAGGCUCUGACGGUGACAGGAGACAUGGGAGAUAGCAUCCAGAUGCUGGCGGAAUUUGAUGGAGAGGUACGCUGUGAACCACCAAAUAAUCGCCUGGACAAGUUCACCGGCACACUGAUGUUCAAGGACCACAAGUACCCCAUGGACAAUGAGAGGAUCCUUCUGCGGGGCUGCACCCUGAGGAACACGGAGUGGUGCUUCGGACUCGUCCUGUUUGGAGGUCCUGACACUAAGCUGAUGCAGAAUUGUGGGAAAACUACAUUCAAGCGCACCAGUAUUGACCGUCUGAUGAACGUGCUGGUGCUUUGCAUCUUCGGCUUCUUGGCGGUCAUGUGCACAAUCCUGGCCAUCGGAAACGGCAUCUGGGAGCAGCAGGAGGGGUCAAGGUUCACUGCCUUCCUGCCCAGGCAGGAAGGAGUGGACUCGGCCUUCUCCGGCUUUCUCACCUUCUGGUCCUAUGUCAUCAUCCUCAACACCGUGGUGCCCAUCUCCCUCUAUGUCAGCGUGGAGAUCAUCCGCUUGGGGAACAGCUUCUACAUCGACUGGGACAGGAAGAUGUACUACCCCCGAAGCGACACGCCCGCGGAGGCCCGCACCACCACCCUGAACGAGGAGCUGGGCCAGAUCAAAUACAUCUUCUCCGACAAGACGGGCACCCUCACCCAGAACAUCAUGACCUUCAACAAGUGCUCCAUCAACGGGAAGUCCUACGGAGAUGUGUUCGACUAUGCUGGACAGAGAAUGGAAAUUACUGAGAAGACAGAGCAGGUGGACUUCUCCUACAACCCGCUGGCUGACCCCAAGUUCUGCUUCCACGACCACAGCCUGGUGGAGGCAAUAAAGCUGGAGACUCCGGAGGUCCACACCUUCUUCCGCCUGCUGGCUCUCUGCCACACCGUCAUGGCGGAGGAGAAGAAUGAGGGUGACCUACUGUACCAGGCCCAGUCUCCUGACGAGGGCGCCCUGGUAACUGCCGCCCGAAACUUUGGCUUCGUGUUCCGUUCCCGCACUCCCGAGACGGUCACCAUCGUGGAAAUGGGUGUCCAGAGGAGCUACGAGCUGCUGGCCAUCCUGGACUUCAACAACGUGCGCAAGAGAAUGUCUGUUAUCGUGCGCAACCCUGAGGGGAAGCUGUCCCUGUACUGUAAGGGGGCCGACACCAUCGUAUUCGAGAGGCUUCACCGAUCAUGCAGCAAGCUGAUGGACGUCACUACAGAGCACCUCAACGAGUUUGCAGGGGAGGGGCUGCGUACUCUAGCCCUGGCCUAUAAGGACCUGGAUGAGGAGUACUUUGCCACAUGGACACAGCGCCACCAUGAGGCCAGCACUGUGAUAGAGGACCGAGACGAGAGGCUGGACGAGCUGUAUGAGGAGAUUGAGAAGGACCUGCUGCUGCUGGGGGCCACAGCCAUUGAGGACAAGCUGCAGGAUGGCGUUCCCCAGACCAUAGAGCAGCUCUCCAAGGCCAAAAUCAACAUCUGGGUUCUGACAGGAGACAAACAGGAGACGGCAGAGAACAUUGGCUACGCCUGCAACAUGCUACGGGAGGAGAUGAAUGAGAUUUUCAUUGUGGGCGCCCACUCCUCCGACGAAGUGAGGGAGGAGCUACGGAACGCAAGGCUGAAAAUGAAGCCUGAGGCUGAAGAAGAACCGUUAAUCAGAACCAGGAGCAUUCUGGGUAAAAAAUCCAAAUUUGUCAAUGAUGAAGCGGUGGAUGGGGAGUAUGGGCUCAUCAUCAACGGACACAGUUUGGCCUACGCCCUGGAGAAGAGCAUGGAGGUGGAGUUUCUAAGGACGGCCUGCAUGUGCAAGGCGGUGAUCUGUUGCCGGGUAACGCCCCUGCAGAAGGCCCGGGUGGUGGAGCUGGUGAAGAAGUACAAGAAGGCCGUGACGCUGGCCAUCGGGGACGGAGCUAACGACGUCAGCAUGAUCAAAGCGGCUCAUAUCGGCGUGGGAAUCAGCGGUCAGGAGGGCAUGCAGGCGGUGCUGUCCAGCGACUACUCCUUCGCCCAGUUCCGCUACCUGCAGCGUCUCCUGCUGGUGCAUGGCCGCUGGUCCUACCUGCGCAUGUGCAAGUUCCUGCGCUACUUCUUCUACAAGAACUUCACCUUCACCUUCGUCCACUUCUGGUACGGGUUCUUCUGCGGCUUCUCCGCACAGACAGUCUAUGAUGAGUGGUUCAUCACCCUGUAUAACCUGGUAUACACAGCCCUCCCUGUACUUGGUAUGAGUCUGUUUGACCAGGACGUGAACGACCGCUGGAGCUUCCAGUACCCGCAGCUGUACUCCCCGGGCCAGCUCAACCUGUACUUCAGCAAGACGGCGUUCGUCCGCUGCGCGCUACACAGCGGCUACAGCUCGCUGGUGCUCUUCUUCAUCCCGUACGCGGCUAUGUUCGACACGGUGCGCGAUGACGGAAAGGACAUCGCCGACUACCAGUCCUUCGCCCUGCUGGCGCAGACGUGCCUGGUCAUCGCCGUCUGCAUCCAGAUGGGUCUGGACAUGUCCUACUGGACCGCAGUCAACCAGUUCUUUGUGUGGGGUAGUCUGGCCAUGUACUUUGCGGUCACCUUCACCUUUUACAGCAACGGCAUGUACCUCAUCUUCACCGCCUCCUUCCCCUUCAUCGGCACAGCCAGGAACUCUCUGAGCCAGCUAAACGUGUGGCUGACCAUCUUCCUGACGACCAUCCUGUGUGUGCUGCCAGUCGUGGCCUAUCGUUUCCUGCUCAUCCAGCUAUGGCCAACCAUCAACGACAAGGUGAGGCUGAAGGUGCGGGAGGCACCUGCACCGCCCCCUCCCCCGCCCCGCGCGCGAAUGAGACGCACCAGCUCACGGCGCUCCGCCUACGCCUUCUCGCACGCCCAGGGCUACGGCGACCUGGUGACCUCGGGCCGGUUCCUACGGCGACAGCCCCCCCCUCGCCGUGCGGGUGGGUUCACCCCGACGGGCCGGGCCACAGGGCUCAUACACACGGGCCGCUCGGGGGGGUACAGCCCCACGGCUCGAACCCAGAACUCCCGGGAACCCGAAACCGAGCUGCAGAUGUACCGGGCCGUCAGGGAUCCAGCAUCCUGAGCACCGAGCAAGGGAACCGGAGCCGGAACCAGAACCGGGUUAUGAACGUGUUUACAUUCGUGGAACUGUGGGAGCAGGCACAGCCACACACACACAAACACACACACACAUACACAAGAGUGGGAAUUAAUCGUUUUCAUGACCCUUUUAUGUAUGGGAACAAUGCUGCCGUGCACAGCACUGCCAUUGUAAAGCAACUCACCAUUAAGAGACCUACCACUGACUCCAAAGUGUUUAAUUCAGAACUUCAUUUACUUCCAACUUGACUAGAAAAGGACAAUAACCCUCAAGCCUUCGCUUCAAUUGCAGGUGUAGUUUAUUGACGACCUAUCAAACUGUCUCGUAGUGGAUGAAAGCACUCCUCCCAGAAGGAUAAGACAGGGUACAACAGGAUACGCUCUGAAUCCGUCAUCAGAUCGGCAUCCGAAUGGAGUGAAGGCGAUUUGAAGGCCCUGUUCCCAAAGAGAGCCGGUGUUUGAAGUGUCCCUUCAAAAACACCACCUGGUGUAAAUGAGCUCAGUGUCUGGUGUCUGCGAACGGUCCUGACCUAUUCUCAGCGCUGCUCCAGGAACAGUUUUGGGUGUCACUUACAUGAAGACCCGCCUGCUGCACUUUGGUCAGGCUGUGGCUAAAUGCCUUUAGCCUCUAUGCUAAGGAGGAUCUGCUGGUGCCCCCGGAAUGUUCCAGCCAGUCUCUCCUCUCCUCUCUCUGCUCCUCGUGAUGCAAAUGACCUGGACGCCCGUGAAGGCCCUUUCCUUUCCCAUUCCCUCCAGCAUGUGUCAGGCGGGACCACCCUCUCUGAGGAAGAAAUGAGGGAUGAAGACCUACUAAGAAACUGUGUGCCGCAUGGAGAACAUUCCCACUGGACCCUGACUCCAGUGGGUAUUCAGUUCCCAGCAGUUGUUGUUUAACAAAGCGCUGUCUGUGACUUCAGGAGAGGCAAUUAUGAGCAUAACUGGAGCAACUGCGUAAGGCGUGCGUCAGCAUGAGGGACAAAACAUUUUAAAUGUCAUCUCAGUCUACCUUUUUCCACAUGUUUUUGGUAAAUUUCAUGGCGAAGGUUUUACAGUGAACGUAUCUUCCGUUUCCAUGGAGAUAAAUGAAUGAUCCACCCUACUUAAUAACAGAAUGAAGAAAAAUAAAAACUGUACACAUACAACACUAAAUGUGCUUACCAUGGGAACAAGUCCCAAGAUGCACUGGGGCCCGUGGUGGCAUUCCCUGUGACCUAUGGCUUUGCAACUAACAGGCCUGUCUGGCUUCUGGGUGUCUUAAUCCUACAUUUCCAAUUUAAAAAAAACACGUAAACACUCCAGGGAAAGUUCUGCGACCAACAAUCAGUGCAAAUCAGCUCAUUCUGAGGAACAUGGUUGAUAUUUUAACCUGUGGUUCUUACAAGCUGUUAAAUGUAUCUUUUAUAAUGUAUGUUUUUUAAAUGUACAAUAACUUUGGACAGGCUGGUCCAAAACAACUGAAAGGUUUCCUGACCAGCUACUUGUUCCCUUUCCGCGGGACUUAACCAGCCUGCCAGUGUUCAGAGGACAUUGUACGUGUGGUGUUUGGUAUUUGGGUUGGAAUGGCUCAAAGUGUAAUAUGUAUGUUCUUUCAUCUGGGUAGCUUCUUUUAUUGAAGUCUGUAAGUGGGGGAAAAAGUGUUUUAAAGAAAAGUGUUUAGGCACUCAGGCAAUCAAUGAUACCAAAGAAGUGAUUUUCUUACCUUCAGAAGAUUCAGAAGAUUUAUACUCAAUUAUAUUUUAAAAACAAAUCACAGGAUUUGUGUUCCAGUGUUUUUGUGACUGCUACAAGCAGUAUGAGCCAUCUCAGCUAAAUCACUUAAGAUAUGGAAAAUCCCGCAAUGUAUUCAAAGUAAGUCUUUUUUUUCUGGAAAAUAUGAUGAGAUAUACACUCAGUGAGCACUUUAUUAGGUAUUUAUUAGACUUAUUUUUAGACUUCUACUGCUGUAGCCUAUCCACUUAGUUAUGA